AUGUAAAAAAGAGAUAAAUCUCCAAUCAUACACGUCAAUCUAAUGAAGGAAAAUAUUCAGAAUAAACCACAUUCCCUCAAUAAAAAUAUUAAAUCUAGUAAAGCUAGUCUCAAUUUAGUCAAAGUAUUAACAACAAGAAGAUCUGAUAUGAAUUCACUUUGGGAACCUACUGAAGAAUCAAAAUAACAUUCUUAUAGAUUUGAUAAUUAUUUUUAAAGACAUUCAACUCGAAGAUCAAAUGCUUAAACAUCUAGAUCAAGAGAGAGAGAUUUUUCAGACUCUCCAAAAUAAUCACCAUCACAUCACUCAUGCAUUAAACAUUUUAAUAAAACUUAAUAAAGAAAGAGAACAGUAUAGUAUAUUUGCUGUAUACCAAAGUGUGAUACUCAUUUAUUAUGUAGAGAAUGUAAAUAUAAAAUUUACUAAUGUAAACAUGAUUAAAAUGUUAAAUUGAAUGAAUUUAUUGAUUAACCUAUUUUAGUAUUCCUAAAGAAAGAUAAUUAGUAAAGUGAAUUAAUAGGAAAUCUGAUUCUCUAAUAAAUGCAAUUAUUUCAUGUAUUCAAUUUUAAUUAUCUAGAAAGUUAAACAUCAAGCAGAAUAAUCAAAGUUAUAGUUAUAAGAAUACUUAGAUAACACUUAAGAUUAAUUAAAAAUGAAAUGUUAAAUUAUAUAAGCUGAAUUCAAUGAAAAAGUUGAUGUAUUUAUUUUCUUUAAUUAAUUGAAGUUUCAAAUAAAAUAAAUCAGAAAUGAUAUUGAUUAACUAGUUUAAACAAGCUUAGUUUAUAAAGAUGAUUUUGAAAACAGACUGAAUCAAAAUGAUGACUUUAUUCAAUCAGUAAAACUAUUCAAAUAAUAAAGUGAAGAUCCUUAUGAAUAGGUAAUCAAUUAAGUAAAUUUAUUACAACAAAAUCUGAAUAAAAUUCCAUAAUUAAAUUCCCUUGUUUUAGAUUUAAAAACAGAUAUUACACUUAAAGAUUUUAGUUAUAGCAAAUUGAUAAUUUGA